AUUUGAAUCAACCUCGAGAAGAUUUCCUAACUACCCUUGAAUCAUCAAGUUUUCAGAACACAUGUUAUUAUAGAGAAGGUUUUGAGUUGCUUUUGCCCAAAAAAGGAAGUACCUCCAUACAUGUAAAUUUUACUAUUAUUUUUGUGAAUAGAUAAGUUCUGCACACUUGUUUAUGGCCUUAUUGUUCUUGAAUGUAAUAGAGUAAGAUUAUGAUUAGUCUUGUUGCUUAUGAUAACAGGUUGGUGGCAUUGAGAGGAAUUUAGAUUACGAGAAUCUUUCCAUAAAAUUUUCUGGAGCAAACUUUGAUUGGAUUGGAAAGAAUGGAUAGAGCUUGGAUCAAAAUGGAUAGGAGAUCACCUGAGUAUGAGGUCGGGGUUGAUAUGUUCUUAGAUUUUGUUAGUCGUCAUGCGAGUGAUCCUAACCAGAUUCGUUGUCCGUGCUUGGAUUGUGGGAAUGUUAAACCUGGUACAAUUAGGACGAUAAAAGAUCAUCUGUUUUGCAUUGGUAUCAUUAAUACCUAUGAUGUCUGGUAUUAUCAUGGAGAAGAUGUUCCAAGUUCAAGUAGUACAAAUGCAAAGAGGGAGAAUUAUAAGGAAGACCAUUUUAGAGACAAUACUGUAGAGAUGGUUCAAGCUGCACAUGAGGAUUUUGUUAGUAAUCCAGAAAAAUUUGAGCAGUUACUUGUUGAUGCUGAGAAACCAAUCUACCCUGGUUGUGUAAAGUUUUCAAAGUUAUCAACUCUUGUGAGAUUGUACAACAUGAAAGCAAAGGGUGGGUGGCCUGAUGUUAGUUUCUCAGAACUAUUAACUUUCUUGGAGGAGUUACUUCCAGCCAACAAUGAAAUGCCAUUGAACCUUUAUGAAGCGAAGAAAACAUUAUGUGCAUUAGGCUUAGAAUAUGAGAAGAUACAUGCAUGUCCAAAUGAUUGCAUUCUAUACCGAAAGGAAUAUAAGGAUGCAAUUGCAUGUCCCACUUGUGGUCUAUCUAGAUGGAAGGUUAAGAAGACUUCAGAUGAGACUUUAAGUGAGAAGAAGAAGAAAGCCCAGAUUCCUGCAAAGGUUCUUUGGUAUUUCCCCCCUAUUCCAAGAUUUAGAAGAAUGUUUCGUACUAAGAAGACAGCAGAGAACUUGAUUUGGCAUGCUCAAGAUAGGGAAGAUGAUGGUAAAUUACGUCAUCCAGCAGAUUCUCCCCAAUGGAAGCUUGUGGACUACAUGUGGCCGGAGUUUGGGAGUGAGCCAAGGAACCUUCGACUUGCCAUUUCAGCUGAUGGGAUAAAUCCUCAUAGUUCUCUUAGCAGUCGUUAUAGUUGCUGGCCAGUUAUAAUGGUGAAUUACAACCUUCCACCGUGGUUGUGUAUGAAAAGAAAGUUUAUGAUGUUAACAAUGUUGAUUUCUGGUCCUAAGCAGCCGGGCAAUGAUAUUGACAUUUAUUUGGCACCCCUAAUUGAUGAUUUGAAAACUCUUUGGGAGGUUGGUGUAGAAGCUUAUGAUGCAUAUGCUCAAGAGAGGUUUGUAUUAAAAGCUGUUCUUUUGUGGACCAUCAAUGACUUUCCGGCAUAUGGGAAUUUGUGUGGAUGUAGUGUAAAGGGGUACUAUGCGUGCCCAAUAUGCAGUGAAAAAACACAUUCCAAAUGGCUAAAUUCUAGUAAGAAAGUGUCAUAUACUGGUCAUAGAAGAUUUCUUCCCCGCAAUCAUAGGUUUCGAGCAGAAAGCAAUACUUUUUAUGGUGAGCAAGAGUUUGGAUCAGCACCUGAGCCAUUAACAGGAGAGGAAAUCUUACAAAAAGUUGAGGGGAUCAAAUAUGAAUGGGGUAAGAAGACCGUAAAACUACAUCAGGAAAAAAAAGCAGCCAAGGAAACAGUGAAGCUAGGAAAAAGGAAAAUUAGAGAUGGAAAGAAAUUGGCAGGAACUAAGAAUAAGGUGAAAAAAAAGAAAGAUGAUCUUAAAUCUGCUUGGAAGAAAAAAUCAAUUUUCUUUGAUUUACCAUAUUGGAAAGAGUUGUAUGUUCGUCAUUGUUUGGAUGUUAUGCAUAUAGAAAAAAAUGUAUGUGAGAGUAUUAUUGGCACAUUGCUCAAUAUCCCUGGAAAAACAAAGGAUGGUGUGGCAGCUCGUGAAGAUCUCAUUUCUUGUGGUGUACGGGCUGGGUUGGCACCUAAACCGGGGAAAAGAAAGGCUUAUCUUCCACCUGCUCCUUAUACAUUAUCUAAGGACGAGAAAUUAUCAGUUUGUGAUUGCUUGGCUGAAGCUAGGUUUGCAAAAGGAUGCUGCUCCAAUUUCAAAAACCUUGUGUCAAUGCAAGAUUUGAAACUCUUAGGCCUUAAAUCUCACGACUGUCAUAUGCUGAUGCAACAACUUUUUCCUGUUGCAAUUCGUGCUGUUCUGCCUAAUCAUGUUAGAUAUGCCAUUACAAGGUUUUGCCUCUUCUUCAAUGCCUUGUGCAGCAAAACAAUGGAUAUCAUCAAAUUGGAUGCAAUGCAAGAUGAAAUUGUGGUGACUUUGUGUUUGCUUGAAAAAAUUUUUCCACCUUCUUUCUUUGACAUAAUGGUCCAUGUUACGGUACAUCUUGUUAGGGAAGUACGCUUAUGUGGACCUGUUUACCUGCGAUGGAUGUACCCAUUUGAACGGUACAUGAAGUUUUUAAAGGAUUACGUUAGAAAUCGUAAUCGUCCGGAAGGAUGCAUGGCAGAAUGUUAUAUUGCAGAGGAAGCCAUUGAGUUUUGCGCAGAUUUCUUAUCAGAUGUUAGUACUGUUGGAAUCCCGUUAAAGACCUAUACUCUUCAGAAAGGAAUUGAUACACCACUAUCAGUUGGACGUGUUCAUAAGCCUGGCAGAAAGCUAUUGCGUCAAGCACAUCUAUGUGUUUUGAUUAAUACACCUGAAGUUAUGCCUUAUCUCAUUGAGCAUGAGGAGUUGUUGAAGAUUCAGCAUCCUAAAAAGUCAAAAAGUGAGAAGUGGCUUCGAGAUGAACAAAACAGAACUUUUCAAGAUUGGUUAAACAAAGAGUAA